AUGUCUCAGCCCAAGAAAAGGGUAACAAACAGUAGCCGGGCCAAAUACCUCAAGCAACGCGCUUUCUCGACUUCGCUUAUCACUGGCCCUGGAAUCUUCUUCACCUGUCCUAGAAACAAGGAAGCUGCUGCUGUAUAUGAAUUUAAGGAUCUACUCGAACGUGUUGCAGAGGAGAUCAAGCCGACUCUAACAGGCGAAGACGAUCCAGAACAAGAGGGAUCGAAGGAAUGUGAAGGGGAAGACGAAGAUGACGAUGACGAUGAUAAAUUAGAAGAUAUUGAGAGUCAGAUCCAGAAGGAGCUAGAAGAGUUAAAAGGCGGUGGGAGGAGAGAGGAACAAGGACCCAAGAAACAGGCUUCUAAACGCUUCGAGAGCAAGAAGAUGGACUGCGAAUGCUUGGGUUUCAUCAGUUUCCCAAAGGCUUACGAUCCAGUCGAAUUCACCUACCAUAUCGUUCAGCAAAUACAACAGGGAAAGCCGGGAUAUGGACUCAGGUUUAUUCAACGUAUCACACCGGUUUCGAUGACUUGUUCCGCUAACAGUCCGUCCGAGUUUGAGAAGAUGGUCACCAACCUCCUACGGCCUCGUUUCGGAGUCAAAGCGUCCUCGGACCUGAAACAAAAUGAGAGUGAAGCCGAGGGUCCAGCUCAACAAGCCGACUCGACAGUUUGUCCCCGGGUGGGGUUGAAAUUCAGGAUCGAGCCCAUCAUCAGAUGUCAUGACAAGCCGCUGAAUCGUUCGGAAGUGAUCCGCAUUACCGGCAAUGCUGUCCAGUGCUUCAACGCAGACGAAUACAUCGUAACAACUGAUGAAUGCUCAGUUGGCCAUCAGGCGAGCGACCUUCUACACCGAGUCAGCAUAGAUGAUGCACAAGUGGUCAUUCUCGUUAGUGUUUACAGAUACGUCGCCGGUGUCAGUGUCGUUGAAGAUUACGACAAAGACGGUAAACGGUUCAAUCUCAGAGUGCUUGCUGAAACACAAGAGAAAAAGGCAUCGACUACCGAAGGGGAUCAUUAG